CACGGUCCCAACAGACACGUGAGAGACGCCAGCGCCGCACGAUCAAACUUGAUCGGACAACUCACUGGGAGGUUUGCGCUAGCUAGAAAUCAGUCGGUCUAAGUGAAAGUUUUCCUUUCUUUAUUUCCCUAAAAAGGAAGAAUCAUGUUCGAAAAAAGGUAAAUUCUGAAAAUUGUGACUCCUUUACAAACAUACCUUUUUUAUGUUUGUGUAUGUACAACUAUGCAAUCCAAGCAUCACCAUUUCCUCUUCCUCUAGUCUAGUCUAGAAAAAAGGGGGUCCAGCGGCCGUGCUGUUGUUCCCCACUGUCCUUCGAGAAGGGAAGCGCCACCGGUCACAUCCCCGUUAGCCGCCGGCGCCCGUCGCCGCCGUAAACCAGACGAAGAUCUGACCUGGCCGUGUCCCCUGCCUAGCCCUUCCUCUUCCGCUCCAUGGAGGAGGUGGAGAAGGGGGAGAUCUUCAAGAUGAACACCAAGCCGCGAGCUCCAUGAAGGAGGUGGAGGAGGGUGAGAUCUUCGAGAGGAACACCAAGUUGAGGCUGGAUAACCAUCCGGAGGCGACGGCAGAGGCGGCCAGCCUAUUCACCGACGACAUCAUCCUAGAGAUCCUCUCCCACCUCCCGGCCAGAUCUGUCCACCGCUUCAAGUGCAUCUCCGUGUCCUGGCGCAACCUCAUCGCCGACCCCGCCAACCACAAGAAGCUCCCCCAAACCCUCGCUGGCUUCCUCUACUUCACCACCGACGACAGCGGGCAUCACCACCACUUCGCCAGCGUCUCCGGCAGGGCACCCCCGUUCGACCCUUCCCUCCCUUACCUGCAACCUAACAAGUACAAGGACAUGACCCAGGUAGACGCCUGCAAUGGCCUCCUUCUCUACCGCGGCAGCAACAACAAGUUGGUCGCUUGGAAUUGGGCAAAGGACGAUUUCCGUUUUGUUGUGUGCAAUCCGGUCACAGGGAGGUGGGUAGAACUUCCCCCUUCACCGCAGUCGGCGGAAAACAGAUUUAGCUGUAUUGCAGGUCUGGCUUUUGAUCCCGCAGUCUCAUCCCAUUUUCACGUUCUUCACUUCGAGCAGACCUUUCAGGGAUCUUACAUCACAGCAGUGAACAUCUACUCAUCGCGGACAAGAGCAUGGACUCGCAGAGAUAGUGGGAUGGUUGAGAAAGUGGUGCUGUUCUAUCUCACUAGAUGUGUAUUUGUCGGCGGUAUAAUGUACCUGAUGGGCAUCCAUAAAGGCAUUAACGAAGAGAAUGUGCUGGUGGGUGUGGACAUGGAAGUGAAAGUGUGGAAGAUUAUCCGUGUGCCGUACAGUUCAGGAGUUGGCACGCUUGGAUCAUCGCAGGGGUGCUUACACUUUGCUAUAGCUUCUUCCAUUGAUAAUAUUGAACUCUGGUGCCUCAAGGAUUGUGACAGUAAAGAAUUGGUCCUGAAGAAUACCGCCAGCAUCGGUAAGCUUACGAGCAUGACUAGGAAGUGGUAUAGUGUGGCUGAGAUUCAUCCAGAUUGUGACACCAUUUUCCUGGUUUCAUGGGAAGGUGAUGCCUUGGCAGCGUACGAUAUGCAACAUCAGAAAGUUGGUUGUAUCCUUAAUGUUGAGAUAAACAUAGGACAACGGCAGCGGUUUCUAUCCUAUGUUCCUCUGUUUUUAGAGUCAUUAGCAGAUGCAGAUGGGCAGUAGUGUGACCUCUGAACCACCCUUGUGCUUCCUCCAAAAAUUGGAUCUUUUGUCGGCUGAAGUACUUGUUUGUGUACCGCUGAAUUUGCUUGAAUCAUGCCGCCCAAUUUGCUGGUGCUUGCACUCCUGUUUGGUUGAUUUCCAGUUCAGAACAAUGCCUGGUAAACCUAUAGAUUAAGCAUAAUGUCAUUUCCGAAGAAAAUUGUUACCCAUGUUCUUGUUUACCAAGCACUGGUUGUUGUUCUGGACAUGUAUUAGUUCCAUGGGGCUAUGUUAUUACUGUAAUCAGCCUUCUUGUCCAUAAUAAUCAGUUAUUAUGAUUAUCCUAAAGCUUCAAUCAUACUGGUUACCUGUGCCAUGUCUAGUUGACCUUAUUCAUUCUGUAUUUUGGUAAAACACUGCCUUUGAGCAAGUUCCUUCUAUAUAUGUUUUCUGUAGCUAA